CCUUCAUUCAUUCCCAGACCCAGCCUUAUCCUCCCCUAUACCCGCGCGCUCACAGCCGGAGAGAGGAGACCCAGCGCGCGCAGAGCUCACCCGGAGCCCGGUUUGGAUUGUGUUUGUGUGAGAGGCCAGUGGCCGCGUGGGAAAACCAUGAAAAUGUCCGCGUCCGAGGUGUCGCGAGUCCUGAAGGAGGGCGAGCUGGAGAAGAGGAGCGACAACCUGCUGCAGUUCUGGAAGAGGAAGACCUGCGUGCUGACCACGGACAGCCUGAACCUCUAUACCGACCAGCAGAAGAAGAACAAGAGCAAGGAGCUCAAGCUGCAGUCCAUCAAGAAGGUGGACUGCGUGGAGCGCACCGGCAAGUUCGUCUACUUCACCAUCGUCACCACAGACAACAAGGAGAUCGACUUCAGGUGCUCGGGCGAGGAGAACUGCUGGAACGCGGUGAUCACCAUGGCCCUGAUCGAUUUCCAGAACAGGAAGGCCAUCCAGGACUUUAAAACGAGGCAGGACACGGAGAGCACAACGCAGCAGGACAUAAGGAUGGCCAGAUCCCCCUGAUCCAGCUCCAGGAUCUCCUCCACCACUCAGCAGGAGGGAUGUUGAGAAAUGGACCCAGAAGAAGUUUGGACCAAAGUGGAGACAUUUCUCUUUCACUGUCUACAUGUCUGAAUCAGGCUGGGAUGGCUGGACCGAAGAGAGGGCGAAUCCGUGGAGGAGCUGCUCCUCAUCACCGCUCUUUUUGGCAAGAAUUUCUACUACAGACACUCAGAACAGACACUCAAGACUGAACUUUGAAAUCCUUGAACUUUCAAAGCGACGCCGGGGCAGCCGAAAGCCCUCGGACGACUGUGUACAUUUGUUUUAUUUAUUUUUCACUAUGAACGUUGCAUUAGCGUAUGUCAUUAAGUUAUUAUACCUGUGCUCUUUCGCUGUGUAUUUAUUUAAAUAAAUUUGCAAAAAAUGAACAGUA